GCAAACUAUCUCCCAUUCCCCACACCCAAAUUGAUCAUAAAAAUGGGUAAUUACAAAUUGAGAUUGUUGGACAUGAUGAUCCCCAAGGCCUGGUUCACCAACAAGCGCACACCCAACUCCAGCAAGAAACACUUAUCAUCAUCACCACCAUCGCCGCCGAAUUUCACCAAUUCCGACCAGCGAAAGUCUUACUACUUCACUAGAGACCUCGCUCCACUCCAGCCCGCCGCCUCCGAACUUCCACGGCGGCGGCGGAGCACGAGGCGGAACCGCCGCCCCCCACCGCCACAUCCUUCCGCCUCUGAGUCAAUUGACGACUUGUCAACGACUCAGGGCACAAACUCUGCCUCGUCCGAGCCAGACUCCGUCCUCAUAGAGCACGGCUCGGACAUUCCCACCCUCUGCAGUUGCAGCUGCAGAGGCAGGGGCGAUGGUCAGUAUCUUCGCCCCUGCCUCCCGCCGAUCAUCACGAAGAAGAAUGAGGCGGCGGAGAAAGAGGACAGCCCAGCGAGGCGGCUGCCGGCGGCGGGGGUGAAGCUGCGUGUGAAUUCGCCGCGGAUCAGGGUGGGUCAGGGGCGGCGGCGGCGGAGCGUGUCGUCGAAUUCGAGCAUAUCGGAGAGCUUGGCGGUGGUGAAGGCGUCCAAGGAUCCGCGGCGGGAUUUCAGAGAAUCGAUGGUGGAGAUGAUUUUGGAGAACAACAUAAGGGCGUCGAGUGAUCUUGAAGAAUUGCUUGCUUGCUAUCUCUCUCUCAAUUCCGAUGAAUAUCAUCAUCUUAUCAUCGCCGUCUUCAAACAGAUUUGGUUUGAAUUUAUUCAUCUCCGCCUUAAAUAAAUAUAUGCAACUACUAUUAUUAAUCAUAUUUGAGGUUAAUGAAAUAUUUAAAUAGUGUGUAAAUAUUCACCGUUGAGAUUUAGAAAUUCAAUUACUUGAUGCGAUUA